UGAAGUCAGAGGAACAGCUGCUUGAAACUUUAGAUAACAAUCAAGUGCUAAAAGUUCUACUCUACACGUAUGUGAACUUGAAAGAAAUACCUGUUUGGAAUAAUUCUAACCCAGAAGUUCUGACAACUGAUGAACUGUUUGGCUUUAUACACCAUGAAACCCGAUAAUGGAAAGAUGGCCACCUUUGUUCACACAUCUGAGACUGCACAUGUCCAGUACUGUAUUGAUUUACUCAUAACAAAAGGCAAACCAGUCUUGCUUGUUGGAAGUGCCGGAGUAGGAAUAACAGAGUUUGUAGGCAACAGGCUUGGUGCUCUCUCUGAAGAUCAACAUCCCUUUCAGCUACCCACGACAUCAGCAGUGCUCCAGAAGUUGUUUGGAAGAAAGCUGGAGAAAAAAGCUGGUCACUAUGGUCCAGUAAGAAGUGAGAAACUUAUCUAUUUUGUUUAUGAUCUGAAUAUGGCUGAAGUGGAUAGAUAUGGAACAGUUCGAUCUCCUGCAUUGAUUUGGCAGCAUAUAGGCUAUGGACAUCGAUAUGAUAGGCAGAAGCUAACUAUUAAAGAAAUUCAUAGUUGUCAGUAUGUUGCUUACAUGAAUCCAACUGCUGGAAGCUUCACUAUCAAACCUAGGCUCCAGGUAGAUCUUGCCAGUUUGUACAUCAAGACUGUGGCCAAGAACAUGCCAACAGCGUUUUUGCUGACAGAUGCCCAAGUUCCAGAUGAACGCUUUUUUGUGCUGAUUAAUGACUUGUUGGCAUCAGGUGAUUAA